GCUAAAGAUGCGAUCCCAACUAGUCCUGGCCCUUGGUCUUGUGGCUCUCGUGGCGGCCGCUCACGGCGCAGCCACGGAUCCAACCUCGUCGCCCCCUGACGCUUCACCAAAUACAGCUCCUUCCAAGUCGGAUCCAACCUCGUCGCCCCCUGACGCUUCCCCAAAUACCGCUCCUUCCAAGUCGGAUCCAACCUCGUCGCCCCCUGACGCUUCCCCAAAUACAGCUCCGUCCAAGUCGGAUCCAACCUCGUCUCCAUCUGAUGCUUCGCCAAAGACAUCUCCUUCCACGUCGGAGCCAACCUCAACUUCAGACCCUUCGACAUCUUCAGAUCCUUCCAGCACUUCUCCGUCUUCGUCGAGUAGCUCCUCAGACAGUGACAGCGAGGUGGACGACCUCAAGAAGAAGGUUCGCAGGCUUCGCAGGUUGAGGCGCCGUGACCUACGACGAGAGAGACGGCUGGAGCGCCAGGCCGUGGCUAGGCGUCAGGAUCGGCGACAGGUUAUACACCAUCAGAGGCGUUUGAGAAGGCGCAACCGUCGGGGAUAAAAAGGGUUACUCCGAAUUAAAUUGUCAAGAAAAUUGAUUAAAAUUAUAUGA